CGGCCGGCCGGGGCCAUGGCCGGGGCCGGCGGCGCUGCGGCCGGGCCGCCGCCACCUCCUCCGCCUCCUCCUCUUCUUCUUUCUCCUCCUCCGCCGCCUCCUCAGAAGGAGCUGGUUUACAACAAGCUGCUGCCCUAUGGCGACAAGCUGGAGGCCGAGGCCGGCCGCCUCCUCUCCCGCAUCAAGCUCAACCUCAGCUGGGCCGUGCAGCUCCAGGAGCUCUGGCCCGGAGGCCUCUUCUGGAGCAGGAAGCUCUCCACGUAUCUCCGGCUCUAUGGGAGAAAGUUUAGCAAAGAAGACCAUGUCCUUUUUAUCAAGCUCUUGUAUGAGCUAGUAACUAUUCCAAAGUUGGAGAUCAGCAUGAUGCAAGGUUUUGCACGUCUUUUGAUAAACCUGCUGAAGAAAAAAGAACUUCUUUCAAGGGAUGACUUAGAAUUGCCAUGGAGGCCACUGUAUGAAAUGCUGGAACGGAUAUUGUACUCUAAGACUGAACAUCUUGGAUUAAAUUGGUUUCCAAAUUCAUGUCGACCAGGCUUGUCUUCACCUAAAACAUUUGUGCUUAAUGUUUUACAUAGGUGCUCUGUAGAAAGUGUUUUGAAAACCCUCGUGAAAAACUGUAGACCGUAUUUCCCCGAAAAUUCAACGGCCGAGAUGCUAGAUGAAUGGAGGCCGCUAAUGUGCCCUUUUGAUGUUACUAUGCAGAAGGCCAUCACUUACUUUGAACUGUUUCUGCCUACCACUCUUCCUCCAGAACUCCACCACAAAGGUUUUAGGCUCUGGUUUGAUGAGUUUCUAGGCCUGUGGGUUUCAGUUCAGAAUCUUCCGCAGUGGGAAGGACACCUAGUCAACCUUUUUGCACGCUUGGCCACUGAUAACAUAGGCUACAUUGACUGGGAUCCCUAUAUUCCAAAGAUAUUUACCAGAAUACUGCGAAGUUUGAAUCUUCCAGUGGGAAGCAACCAAGUGUUAGUUCCACGAUUCCUAACAAAUGCAUAUGACAUUGGGCAUGCAGUCAUGUGGAUUACAGCCAUGAUGGGUGGACCAAGCAAGCUUGUACAGAAGCACUUGUCUGGGUUAUUCAAAAGCAUUGCAUCUUUUUACCAUCCCUCAAAUAAUGGCCGCUGGUUGAACAAGCUAAUGAAGCUGCUUCAGCGGCUACCCAGUAGCGUUGUCAGAAGAUUGCAUCGUGAGCGUUACAAGAAGAUGACUUGGCUUACUCCUGUGCCUGACAGCCAUAAACUCACCGACCAGGAUAUAACAGACUUUGUAGAAUGUAUUAUUCAGCCUGUUCUUUUAGCAAUGUUCAGCAAAACUGGAAGCCUAGAAGCAGCCCAAGCUCUGCAGAAUCUCGCACUGAUGCGCCCUGAGUUGGUAAUCCCACCAGUACUUGAAAAAACAUACCCUGCACUGGAGACUUUAACAGAACCUCACCAACUCACAGCCACUUUAAGCUGUGUAAUUGGAGUAGCUCGUAGCCUGGUAUCUGGGGGCCAGUCAUUUCCCGAAGGUCCAACGCACAUGUUGCCUCUGCUGAUGAGAGCGUUGCCUGGUGUAGAUCCAAACGACUUUAGCAAAUGCAUGAUCACAUUCCAGUUUAUUGCAACGUUUUCCACUCUUGUGCCUUUAGUAGAUUGUUCAUCUGUACUACGAGAGAGAAAUAACCUCACAGAGGUGGAGAGAGAACUGUGCUCUGCUACUGCUGAAUUUGAAGAUUUUGUACUGCAGUUUAUGGACAGGUGUUUUGCGCUCAUAGAAAGCAGCACACUGGAACAAACAAGAGAAGAGACGGAGACAGAAAAAAUGACUCAUUUGGAGAGUUUAGUGGAAUUAGGCUUGUCCUCAACUUUCAGCACAAUUCUCACACAGUGUUCAAAAGAGAUAUUUAAGGUUGCCUUGGAGAAGGUUUUCAAUUUUGCUGUUUCGAAUAUAUUUGAGACGAGAGUAGCAGGACGCAUGGUGGCCGACAUGUGCCGAGCUGCUGUGAAAUGCUGUCCUGAGGAGUCUUUGAAGCUCUUUGUACCCCAUUGCUGCAGUGUUAUAACACAUCUUACUCUCAAUGAUGAUGUAUUGCGUGAUGAAGAGUUGGAUAAAGAGCUCCUCUGGAACCUUCAACUUCUGUCGGAGAUCACUCGUGUGGAUGGGAAGAAGUUGCUGCCGUACAGGGAGCAGCUUUUGAAGAUUCUACAGCGAACCCUCCAUUUAACCUGUAAGCAGGGUUACAUUCUGUCUUGUAACCUACUGCACCACCUUCUUCGUUCUGCUACACUUAUCUACCCCACAGAAUACUGCAGUGUGCCAGGUGGCUUUGACAAGCCUCUUUCUGAAUACUUUCCUAUCAAGGACUGGGGGAAGCCUGGGGAUCUAUGGAAACUUGACAUCCAAUGGCAUGUUCCUUCAGCCGAAGAGAUUGCUUUUUCCUUUGAGUUGCUGGAUUCUUUUCUGCAGCCAGAACUUGACAAGCUAGGAAGCUAUGCAGAUGGAAAUCUCGAAAUGUCCAGAGAUGAUGUGCAGCAGUGUCUUUCUAUAGUACACAAUUGCCUGAUUGGGUCCGGGAACAUUCUGCCACCUCUGAAAGGAAACAGAGUAGAUCACCUGGUACCAAGCCUAGUGUCUUUAGAAGAGAUCAAACUCUAUACUGGUGUUGACUAUGAUUUGUCAAGAGCGAAUUACAGGGAAUCCAUCAGCAACAUCACAAGGAAACUGCUGCAUUAUAUACUUGACCAUUCGGAGGAUGAUACAAAGUCCUUGUUUCUCAUCAUAAAGAUCAUUGGGGACCUUUUACAUUUCCAAGGGUCACACAAGCAUGAGUUUGAUUCGCGGUGGAAAAGCUUCAACUUGGUGAAAAAAUCAAUGGAGAACAGGCUUCUAGGCAAAAAGCAGCAUAUCAGAGCACUGCUGAUUGACAGAGUCAUGUUGCAGCACGAGCUAAGAACACUCACAGUUGAAGGCUGUGAGUAUAAAAAAGUACACCAAGACUUGAUCAGGGACCUCCUGCGUUUGUCCACAAGUUCAUACGGCCAGGUCAGAAACAAAGCUCAGCAUGCCUUCUUCACAGCCCUGGGGACUUACAACUUCUGUUGCAGGGACAUCAUUCCUUUGGUUCUGGAGUUUUUGCGGCCAGAUGGGCGCGAUGUCACCCAGCAGCAGUUUAAAGGUGCCUUGUAUUGCCUUCUUGGAAACCACAGUGGGGUGUGUCUGGCAAAUCUUCAUGACUGGGACUGCAUUGUCCAAACCUGGCCUGCAAUAGUCUCUUCUGGACUUAGCAAAGCAAUGUCUCUGGAAAAACCAUCCAUAGUCCGACUAUUUGAUGACCUUGCGGAGAAGAUUCAUCGGCAGUAUGAAACAAUUGGAUUGGAUUUUACAGUUCCGGAGAAAUGUGUUGAGGUCGCUGUCCUCAUGCAGAAGUCGGGGGUUCAGCAGAACAACUGGACGAGUCUUAGUUCAGAGGAACUUCAACAGGGAAUUCAGCGACAGAAAGAAAGGAAUGCUGAGUCCUCUCAAAACUAUGAAAACCUGAUUAACAAACUGUUAGAUUGUGUGGAUCAAAGAAAUCUCCCCUGGAAGUUUGAGCACAUUGGCAUCGGUUUUCUGUCCCUGCUGUUAAGAGACGACAGGGUGCUGCCUCCGAGAGCCAUAAAAUUCUUUGUGAAAUGUCUCAACCAUGAUGCCCUAGUGGUUCGCAAGAUGGCGAUCUCUGCUGUGGCUGGCAUCCUCAAGCAGCUGAAAAGGCCUCACAAGAAGUUGUCCAUCUGCCCAUUCCAAAUCAGUGGAGCCCCUCAGCUUCCUGAGAUCAGGGCUGGUGACAGACCUGACAACCAGUGGCUGCACUAUGACAGUGCAAGGUUACCAAAGACUAAAGAAGCUUGGGAGGCCUGCCGUUUCGUGGAGAAAACACACUGGGGUUACUACACCUGGCCUCGAAAUAUGGAGAUUUAUGCUUCUGCUGAAGAGCAACCAAAGCUUGGGAGGAGUAGAGAUGAGCUUUCAGAGGCGGAGCAGAUCAUUUAUGAUCAUUUUUCUGAUCCAAAAUUUGUUGAGCAGUUAAUCAAGUUUCUUUCUUUAGAAGACAGAAAAGGAAAGGAUAAAUUUAAUCCUCGCAGAUUUUGCCUCUUCAAGGGCUUGUUCAGAAACUUUGACGAUGCCUUCUUGCCUGUACUGAAACCCCACUUAGAACGUUUGGCAAUAGAUUCUCAUGAAAGUCCCCAACGAUGCAUAGCUGAAAUUAUAGCUGGUGUGAUAAGAGGAUCUAAGCACUGGACAUUUGAGAAGGUAGAGAACCUCUGGAAAGUUCUGUGUCCACUUCUUAGGACAGCUUUAUCCAACAUAACAGUGGAAACCUACAAUGAUUGGGGCACCUGUAUAGCAACGUCAUGUGAGAGCAGGGACCCUCGAAAAUUGCACUGGUUGUUUGAAUUGUUGUUGGAGUCUCCGUUGAGCGGUGAAGGAGGAUCAUUUGUUGAUGCAUGUCGACUGUAUGUCCUGCAAGGAGGUCUUGCGCAGCAAGAAUGGCGAGUACCGGAGCUGCUGCACAGAUUACUGAAGUACCUAGAGCCGAAACUCACCCAAGUUUACAAAAAUGUCCGAGAGAGGAUAGGAAGCGUUCUGACAUACAUCUUCAUGAUAGAUGUUUCCUUACCAAAUACCGCUCCAACAAAAUCUCCCCAUGUCCAUGAGUUCACUUCCCGAAUACUUGAAAAACUCAAACCCCUUACGGAAGUGGAUGAAGAAAUUCAGAAUCAUGUUAUGGAAGAGAAUGGAGUCGGAGAUGAAGAUGAGCGAACUCAGGGCAUUAAACUCUUGAAAACCAUUCUGAAGUGGUUGAUGGCAAGUGCGGGGAGAGCCUUUUCCACAGCUGUUGCGGAACAGCUUCAGCUCUUGCCGUUGUUUUUCAAGAUCGCACCUGUAGAAAAUGACAAUAGCUACGAUGAACUUAAGAGAGACGCUAAGAUGUGCUUGUCGUUAAUGUCUCAGGGAUUGCUGUACCCCCAACAAGUGCCUUUGGUACUUCAGGUGCUAAAACAAACAGCAAAGAAUAGUUCCUGGCAUGCUAGGUACACAGUGCUAACCUACCUCCAGACCAUGGUUUUUUAUAAUCUUUUUAUCUUCCUAAACAAUGAAGAAGCGGUAAAUGACAUCAGAUGGCUGGUUAUAAAGCUGCUAGAAGAUGAACAGCUCGAGGUGAGAGAGAUGGCGGCCACCACAUUGAGCGGCUUGCUCCAGUGCCACUUCCUGGUGAUUGAUGACCCCCUGCAGACUCACUUUGAGCAGCUCUGUAAGAGGAGACUCCCGAAGAAGAGGAAGAGAGACCUCAGCACAGUGGUGGAUACCAUUCCUCCUGCAGAUUUGGUUAAGCGCCAUGCUGGUGUGCUGGGACUUAGCGCGUGCAUUUUAUCCAGUCCUUACGACGUGCCCACCUGGAUGCCUCAGCUUUUAAUGGACCUUAGUGCACAUCUGAAUGAUCCUCAGCCUAUUGAGAUGACAGUUAAAAAAACUUUGUCCAAUUUCCGGAGGACCCACCAUGAUAACUGGCAAGAGCACAAGCAGCAGUUCACCGAUGACCAGCUUCUCGUCCUUACUGACCUCUUGGUCUCACCGUGCUAUUAUGCAUAAUGAGGUUCUCGGAAAAACGAGGGCCCACUGCCAUUUCCGCCAAAAUAAAGGAAACUCAAAACUAAUUUAUUGUGUAUAGAACCCUUUUGGAUAUGGUAACUCUGAGGCUUAACGCUGGAAUCCUUUAAGGAAGUACAUACCUUAAGUCUCUGUGGAAAGGACUCUUGAGGAUUUCUGCUGCACUGGGGAGAGGGGGGCUGCUGCAGUGUGAUAAGUCUUUGUGUUUGAAGGGAGCAAUCAUGAUUUUUUUCCACACUUUCAUGUAAAUUCCUUGCAUUAACCUGAAGCCCUUUAAAAAGGGAUCUUAUUCUGUGCAGGUGGCUAGUUCCGCAACUUCACAUUACAUACGUGGACUUUCGAACCUAGUAUCUGCAAUUUUGGGUGCUCAAACUCUUCAUCUGAUCUGCCUGCAAGAGUGCAUCUGUGAACUGCUGACCACUCGCUUGUAAGAAUAGGCCAAAAUUGUCCCCCAUAACAUUGUUCUGCCUCUUUCCACCUCCCAUGCAAUACCAGGCUAUGCAGAACAUUUGAGCUGGGUUUCUUUUGAAGUCCUACCUGCUGGGCAAAUACUCCCCCCUCUAUUGUUGUCCACAUCAGAGCUGUAGAGUUGUCCUUUCUGUCGACAGGUUUUUAAGUAAGAUUCUCCAGCCAGGUACUGAACCUUAACUUUUGCCUGCUUUCGUAAGCGGCAGUCUUGUUAUUUCUGUCCUCAGUUCAGUAGAUCCCACGGACAAGGGUGGCUCUCAACUGUUGGUUUUAUUUCAGAGAACAAGAGAGUAUGUACAUAUGUUAAUAAUGAGUGGCUAAAGACUUUUUAAAUAUUCCCCGUUUGCUAGUCACACAUCUUUCCAUUUGCCUCACGUCCUCAUCUUGGAACAAGUAUGUAACUUGCAUUAAAAACAAACAAACCCAGAAGUAUGCCCGCCCAUCCCAAAUUCAUUUUUGUUCUGCAACUCUGGUGGCUAUUGGCUGGCUGUUUCACAACAUGUUCAAUAUGUGUUACAUAGAUGUAAAGGACUGUAUAAAUUGUAGAGGCACUGCACUGGCAAAGCACUGUACAGUUUGCAAAAAUUUUACAUGAUUCAUUUGUGAGAAUUGAACUUUUAAACAAUCGCACUUUUAGGUGUUAAUAGUGCUUUCAGCUUUUUGUAUCUGAUUCAAUGCCAAUUUCUUCUGGUUUUUAAUAUUACCCCCUCCCUCUAACGAGGUGACUUUAGUUUUUGGCUUGGAUUUUCAUUUAACUUUUUAGUGAAUCUGUUGGGUUUUUAAUACGUAAUCUCUGCCUCUCUGCCCCCACCCGCUCCCUCACUUUGGGAAUGCAAGCAAGUGACAUACUCUGGUGUGUGGUAAAUUAUGGAGUGCAAGAAUGCCUCCCAUGUUGGGGGGGGGGAAUCAUCUGAGAAUUGUGUGUGUUCAUCUUCUGCACAUCCUGUACUUUUUCUUUGUAAGAACAGGAAUACAUUUUUUUCUUCUUCAAUCCUCUGCCUGCUGGGAAACAACACCAAGUUUUUAAAGCACAGCAGUGUAACCAGUACAGUAUCUCCUGAGAGCUGAUACACAGAAAUAACUAAUGUAUAGCAUAGUGCCAAAAUGCCACCUUCUCCUUUCAGUUGUGUACUUAGUUUAAAGCUGAAUAAAUGAAUUGUUUGUAAGAUC